UCAGAACCACAGUGGAGCUGACAGCGAUGGACCCUCCGUGUUACCCGACUGAGAGUGUUGCAUUGCAGGGGAGGAAUGAGGGGUACCCUGGACCGUCUGCAGGACUGAGGGCGGUUCAGUACACCUCAGUGAACAUGGCCCCGGAGGCCCCGGAGGCCCCCAAGGACCACGUCAUCUGGUCAAUCUUCAACUUGAUCUACUGCAAUCCCUUCUGCCUCGGACUAGCAGCUCUCAUCUUCUCUAUCAAGGCCAGAGACCGGAAGGUGGCUGGAGAUAUGAAUGGUGCCCGACACCACGGCUCCACCGCUCGCUGCCUCAACAUCUGGGGCACAGUGCUGGUAUCCAUCUCCCUGCUUAUUCUCAUCAUCAUAAGCAUCGUCAUUGCCUCAAAUGUGGGCAGAAUUAUCAGCCAGGGGACUACGGGAUACAAUUACAAUUACAGAGGUUAGAUGACGCUGUGGCUGAAGGAUGCUUUCGAUUUUGUUACUUGUGGCACACUUUGUAUUGUAACCCUUUCAAAGUUUUUUUUUUGUUGCUUGUAUGAGGUAAAACACAUUCUUUUCAUCCGUUUCUGUUACAAAAGUCUGAAAGUUUCCUUAAUAAAUAUCUGUAUUGUAAUACCAGAAUGUUUUUUGAUUUCGAUUUCUUGUCAGCAAGACAUUUGCCUUAGCAAUUGUUUCCAAAAGAAAAGAUAACUUCAAUAAAUAUGUGUAUAACUUUAAAAUGUGUAUGUGAGAUUUUUUCCGCUAACAAAAAGAUUUUAGUUGUCUUCAUAUGGCAAAGAUUUAGCAAUCUCCAUAGACUAAUGUGCCAAAUAACCACACCCUAUUUGUCUGCACUUAAGUUUGGAUGCCAGACCGUUGAGAUUUCUUUGUGAUAAGGUGUCGCAACUUCCCUUUGGUGUUACAAAAGUCUAAAACCAACUUAAGUUUCCUUAAUAACUAUCUGUAUUGUAAUGCCAGAACAUGUUUUUUUAUUUGGAUUUCCUGUUGGCAAGACAUUUGUUUUAGCAAAAUAAAAUAAAAAUGUCUGCUUUAUAACUUUAAAAUGUGUGUGUAAUAAAAACAUUUUGGCUGUCCUUUUUUCCAUAAUGUGUGUUUUUUAUUUUAUAUUUUCAAUGGUGCUGAUUUCAAGCAAAGUACCCAUACCC